CUGUAAGUGUGUCAGUUCACGGCACGCUCUUGUUCCCUACAGCGACUGACAUCAUGGCGGAGGCCGAUUCUUGGGAUGCGGACAGUUUCGAGACAGAGGAGCCCAUUAAAAAGGCGGCAGUUCAUGAUAAAUGGGAGGGCGAGGAUGAAGACGACGAUGUGAAAGAUAAUUGGGAUGAUGAUGAAGAGGAAGAAAAAGUGGAGGAAAAGACUGAAGCAAAACCUACAGAAAAGAAAAAGCUUAGUGAUAAGAUAAAAGAGAAGGAAAAUUUACAAAGGAAAAAACAAGAGGAGCUCAGAAAGCAACAGGCCGAGGAGUCUAAAAACAGCACAGAACGCACGCCAGAAGAGGAGUUGGCAGAAAGACUAAGAGUGAAAAAGUUACAAGAGGACUCUGACUUAGAACUCGCAAAAGAGACUUUUGGUGUAGUAUCAAAUAAUAUAACAGGAAUUGAUGCAAUGAGUCCCUCUUCUAAAGAAGACUUCACAGAGUUUGAGCGGUUGCUAAGAGAAAAAAUUUAUCCGUACGAGAAGUCUAUACACUAUUCCAGCUUUUUAGAGUCGCUGUUCAGGGACCUCUGUCUUUCAUUGGAAGUUGAAGACUUGAAGAAGAUUAACAACUCGCUCACAGUGUUACUAGGUGAAAAGCAGAGGCAAGAAAAGCAACAAAACAAAGGGAAAAAGAAAAAGAAGGGAAUUUUACCAGGAGGUGGUUUAAAAGCCAAGCUGAAAGAUGAUCUCGCCGACUAUGGGGAGUUUGAUGGAGGGUAUGCACAAGACUAUGAGGAUUUCAUGUGACCAAGGCUAACCCAACCUAUAACUUUUGCUGAUUGCUGAACCAUACACCUUGACAGCAUGACCUUACCCCACAGUCAGGCCCACUACCAGAAUCAUGCUAGAAAUCUCUGAACGUCAUCCCAUGCAAUCCACACUAUCCCUUUGAAAAGGUUUAUACAGAGAAUAUGUUAAGUGCGGUAUUUUUCUCUGGUCUGAUGUGACUUUAGCUCAGUGUUUAUCGGGAUAAAAAAAAAACAAUGAAGAAAGGUCCUCCUUUAAAAGUGAACACUGGUACAUGUGAACCAGCAGUAUCGAUUAAUCAUUUGACAGUCAAGGCUUUAUGAACAAAGAGUGUUAUUGUUCGGUAACUGCUAUUUCUUGGAAAUAAAUGACAUUGUAUGCAAA